CUGCUCUUUUGUAACAAAUGUUUGCUCAAAUCAUCUAAUUUCAAAGCUCAGCGAAAAUACCGAAAUAAGUCAUCAAGUGCAUAAAUAUUCGGAUGAUUUUUAUAAGUUUUCCAGUAAUUUUUGGACAUGUAGUUCGGAAAAAUGUGUGAGUAGCAUCUGUUGUCAUCAGGAACGAGAUGUACUGUGUGAACAUAACAUCAGCGAUGACAAUAAAGUGAUUUCUUUACCCAAUUACUGCAAGGAACAAAUAAAUAUAACAGAUAGUGAUAGUGUCCAGAGAUACCAAAACCAGUUGUACAUAAAACAGAAAAAAAUGUAUUUAGGUAUGAAUGAAGUCUGUGUUUUGACGGGAACUGAUAAAUUCGUGUCAUUGUGUGUUAAAAAAUCGAAUUUAAGACGUUUUAGAACUAAUGGUAUCGCUUUUAAGAAGAUUGAAAUACAAAAUCAAAUAAAUUCGAAUAUUGCCAUCAGAAAGUGUUGUAAAGACGGUGAGGUGAUCUUGAAAAAACCGUGUUUCAUCAUGGGCGAAAAUUCUACCAAAGUUUUUAAAUCUAAGUUACAAACAAUUUCAAGAAGUGAUCAAUAUUAUCACGAAGAUCUUAAAUGCGGACCAAACUUUGCGAAAGCAAGAAUUGAUGAUUUUAAAUUGAUCUCUAAUGGAUCACUUUUCUGGGAGUCCGGUGAUUAUUAUGUUGAUAAAAAUUUGUUUUGUGUUGAGUUGUAUACUGUGGACAAAAUCAAAUAUUUCCUGCAUGCCCUCGUCUGUGUUUCUGAAAACGAGAUCACAAAAAGCUACCAGAUGCCAGUAUGGGGUAUGAUAAUAUCGAUGCCAUUCUUGCUGCUCACGUUCCUCGUUUAUCUGCUAUUACCUGAGAGAAAUUUGCACAGGCGAGCGCUUAUGUCAUACGUGUUUACGUUAUUAGCAGCAUACAUUACUCUGGUCACUAUUCAGCUCUACUCAGGACAGUUUCCUGAUACAACAUGUCACGUUUUGGGUUACCUGAUUAUAUUCUUCUUCCUGGUGUCGUUCUUCUGGAUGAACGUCAUGUGCGUUGAUAUGUGGUUAGCUUUUAGCGGUAUGAGAACAUUCCUUUCUAAAAAAACAGCUGAACGAAAAAGAUUCAUUAUUUACUGUAUCUACGCUUGGGGCAUGCCAAUAGUUCAUGUCCUUAUAGUAUUUCUUAUAAAUCAUUAUGGAUCGACAGAUACUAGCUGGAAUCCUCAAAUCGGAGUUAAACGAUGCUUCUUAGGUGAGGGCAUGCCAACAUUCUACUACUUCUAUCUACCCAUGGCCAUUUUAAUCGGAAUAAACAUUACCUUGUUCGUUCUCACUACUGUUAGAAUACAAAAAAUUAAGAAGGAAACUUCAAUGUUAAAACAGACUGACAGCCGAAGACAUACCUAUGAAGAUGACAAACAAAAGUUCAACUUAUACCUGAAAUUGAUGUUUGCUAUGGGUGUAAACUGGAUUACAGAAUUAGUUUCAUGGGCUGUGGACUAUGCUUUUUCUGAAACCCCUGCUUAUGUAUGGUAUAUAACUGACUUUACAAACGCAAUGUACGGGGUACUGAUUUUCCUUAUCUUUGUCUUUAAGAAAAAAAUCUGGAGAUCGCUUAAAAAGAAAUUUACCGGUACUUACGAAGAGGAUGAAACAUUAAAAGGUAUGUCGCAGAUGAAGGAUUAUACAAAGUCUGUGGUCAGUUCAGUUCAUGCAAGAAAAAAGUCGAGCGUGAAUACGACCAGUACCCAAUCAUGACGUACCUAAUAAAAAUCAGUCCAUUGGCGUGGUAAUGACAAGCAGGUACUACAUAUGUAUCGGCAAACCACACCUUGCUCACUCCAUGACUACUUCUUCGGCUCGUGGCACUCGGACCAGCAACUACUCCACCACUGAUACCACCGCAGUCAGCACCGAUUACCGUCUUAGUGAUAUGAAGAACGGAAAAAUUCCUGAAGAAUCGGCCCUUAACAGAACAUAAAUACUUCACAAUCUUUGUUCUUUGUGCCAUACUUUUCGGAGCCAUCUUUCACCAAAGAAAAUCUUAGUUUUAAUAAAACAUUAUACUACGUAAACACAAACAUCUUUUUGACGACUAAUAUGAUACUAUAUUUUUUUAAAUGAUUUUCAGAAUAAUAUUGUAUGUGAUGCUUUUAUUAUUAUUUUUUUUUGUAUUAGCAACCUCAUAAUAUGUAUAACAAAUUACGAAGACUUGGGAAGUGCAACACCAGAGGUGUACAAAAUGGGCGCUCAUGAAAAUAUGAUAUAUAAAAAAUUAUCAAUUCAUCUAAUGAAAAUCAACAUAAUGAUAAACGAGGUAAUACUGAAACAUAUUUAAAAUUUAAAAUAAAAAGAAAUUGGCUUUACCUCUAUUGGUGUAGCCAUAUAGAGGAAAAUUCUGGAAAAUAUUAGAUGUUGGAAUCAUAAGGAAGAAAUAAUCAUUUCCAAAAAAUAUGACAAAACCAAAAAGAAUAGAAGAGGAUGACAAAAAUAUAAAACCUGCCUCGAAAGUAACUUGGUGGAUGUGUUAAAAGUUGAAUUUGAUUGUUGUGUUGGAAAAGUUGAUUGUUUGUUCAACAGUGCUAUAUUAUCACACAGAGCUGGCAGUAAUACUCCAUUGGUUUAGCGAAUGUGUAACUUGUAUUAUGUUCAGAUUGCACCAUUGACGUCGAAGGAGAGAAAAACCGUUUGGUUAGUUUAUGGGGUUCUCUACAAAAUCCGAAUUUCUGAUUUCAUGAUUUAAUUCCCCGAUCCAGCACUGCUAAAGUGUGGAAUAUUUUAGUAGCAGUUCUUGUUGGAGGUUGCCAGGAUUUUAGUCGCAGUCAUCCUUGACUGAAUUCAUGGAUGACUACAUUUAUCGGCAGUAUUAUAAGUGUGGCGGACAAUUUUAAGUGAGGCUAGUAGGGAUGGACUCGAUCAGAGCCGAGCUCCAGAUAGAAACUCGGCAUGAACUUCAAGCUGCUAGUUGAGCUCAUGGCUCAUGUCAACUCAGCUCGAAAGUUAGAGCUGAGCCGACUCGAGCUCGAACGGCUUGUUUAGGAAAUAUCCAAUUUAUUCCACAUUUUACGGGUACACUGUAUAUUGAAAAUACAUACAUAUUUGUAGUUUCAAACAAACUUUGUGCCUACUUAUUCUCAAACAAAAGUAUCAGCCGUAGCAGAAAUAAAUGAAUUAGAAAAAGUAUUGCUACAAUAUUGACAAGCUCGUUAGGGAAAGCUCGGCUCGUUUCGAAUUUAGCUCGGCUCGGUUCGAAAGAAGCAAACCGGCUUGAGCUCGGCUCGUCCUUCGACCCAAGCCGAGCUGAGCUCGAGCUUGUGACCAUCCCUAGAGGCCAGUCGUCUCCUUUUAAGCCGGCCACUCACGAUACUGCGGCAUCGUUCAAUUUUGUCGAAUUCGACUAAUUUUAUUCACAAAAAUUUUCGUCGUGUGUGAAUGCAUGUCUGCAUUGUUUUCAAUAUGAAACAAACAAAAGGCAUGCACUCCGAAGAAACCGUGACAAUAAUAAACGACAAAGUUAUCGAAAAAGUUAAAAAAUAUAUAUACUUAAGACCGUAUGACACUAUGCAUUUUCUUGUAUCAUUUCUGAUAUUAGAAAGUUAUACAGGGUGUUUCAUUGGGAAAGUAACAUACGUUAACUACAGAAAGAGGACACUUAGGCGAUCUCAAAAAUACCAUACUUAAUGGGUCUUACUCCAUUAAUAACAAAGAUACUGAGUGUUUUACCUAUUUUGCCAUUUUCUUAAUUGCUUCAUAACUUUUUAACCACAUUGUAUAUUUAUUUUAUAUUUGGCACACAAAUAUCGUUUAAGGUGUACAAUAAAUUAAUUUAUUUACAAUUGUAAAAAAUCCAGGUCCGGAUUAAAAAAAGUUGGAAAAAUAUUCCAACCCAAAAACAACACCCUGUACAUUAAAUUUUUUUAAAUGGAUUUUUCAGUUGAAAAGAGGAUGAAAAACUAAAUUUAGUGGUAUACUUUGAAUUUUUGGCAAAAUGAUUUUUCUGGUCAAAUUUUGAAUUUAAAUUCUGAAAUUAUGUGAAUUUCGAGAGCUCUAAGCAGAAAAAAAUUGAAAUACAGCUUACAACUUGUCAACCGCACUGUAUAUUCAUUUUAUAUUUAACACGCGAAUAUUCUUUUAGGUGUCCAGUCAAUUAAUGUAAUUACAAAUAAAGAAAAUCCAGGUCCGGAUUAAAAUAUAUUGUAUAAAUGUUCCGAUCCAAAGAAACACCCUGUAUAUUAAUUUUUUUUUAAAUGGAUUUUGCUUUUGAAAAGAGGAUGAAAAACUAAAUUUAAUGGUAUACUUUUAAUUUUCGGCAAAAUAAUUUUUAUGGUAAAAUUUUGAAUUUGAAUUCUGGAAUUAUGUGAAUUGCGAAACUCAAAGUAAAAAAAAAAUUAAAAUAUGAUUUAAUUUUAAUUAAUACCAUUAUUUAAUUUAAAUUGGUAAAAUAUUAACAUUUUGACACAUAACAGUAAUUUUUGAUGGUGGUAAUUUUGAAUAAGUACUUUAGUUUUGAAUAGUUAUGCUGCACAUUUUCUCUGUUUUGUUAUAAUUUUUAGUACUUUGUUGAUUAAAGUGAUGUAUUCUUUAUUGACUCUUUAUUAUUUAUUAAUUAUUUAAAGAUGAAUAUUCGCCAUAAACUAUUUGUCACAGGUAAUAAAAAACACUGAAAUGUUUUAACAUUUUACCAAUUUAAAUUAAAUAAUGGUAUUAAUUAAAAUUAAGUCGCAUUUUAAUUUUUUCUACUUAGAGCUAUCGCAAUUGACAUAAUUUCAUAAUUCAAAUUCAAAAUUUUAUUAGAAAAAUCAUUUUGCCGAAAAUUCAAAGUAUACCACUAAAUUUAGUUUUUCAUCUUUUCAAAUGCAAAAUCUAUUUUAAAAAAAUUUAAUAUACAGGGUGUUUUUUGGGUCGGAACAUUUUUACAAUAUUUUUUAAUCCAGACCUGGAUUUUUUAUAAUUGUAAAUAAAAUAAUUGAUUGGACACCUAAAAGAAUAUUCGCGUUAACAAGUUGUAAGUUGUAUUUAAUUUUUUUUCUACUUAGUGCUCUCGCAAUUCACAUACAUAAUUUCAAAAUUCAAAUUCAAAAUUUGACCAGAAAAAUCAUUUUGCCGAAAAUUCAAAGUAUACCCCUAAAUUUAGUUUUUCAUCCUCUUUUCAACUAAAAAAUCCAUUUUAAAAAAUUUAAAGUUUUUUGGGGUCGGAACAUUUUUACAAUAUUUUUUAAUCCAGACCUGGAUUUUUUAUAAUUGCAAAUAAAAUAAUUGAUUGGACACCUAAAAGAAUAUUCACGUGUUAAAUAUAAAAUAAAUAUACAGUGCGGUUAACAAGUUGUAAGUUGUAUUUAAUUUUUUUUUCUACUUAGAGCUCUCGCAAUUCACAUAAUUUCAGAAUUCAAAUUCAAAAUUUGACCAGAAAAAUCAUUUUGCCGAAAAUUCAAAGUAUACCACUAAAUUUAGUUUUUCAUCCUCUUUUCAACUAAAAGAUCCAUUUAAAAAAAAUUAAUGUACAAGGUGUUGUUUUUGGGUCGGAAUAUUUUUCUUUUAUUUUUAAAUCCGGGCUUGGAUUUUUUACAUUUGUAAAUAAAUUAAUUUAUUGUACACCUUAAAGGAUAUUUGCGUGCGAAAUAUAAAAUAAAUAUACGGUGUGGUUAAAAAGUUAUGAACCAAAUAAGAAAAUGGCAAAAUAGAUAAAACACCCAGUAUCUCUGUUAUUGAUGGAGUAAGACCCAUUAAGUAUGGUAUUUUUGAGACUGCCUAAGUGUCCUCUUUCUACAGUCAACGUAUGUUACUUUCCCAAUGAAACACCCUGUAUACAUUUUCUUGUAUCGUUUCUUGUACGUACAUUUGUGCCCUGUAUGACACUAUGCAAGUUCUUGUAUCGAAAAUUGUAGGUAAUUCGGCAGGUGAUUGGUCGAAAUUUUGUUUGCCAUCUUGUGUCACGUUACAUUGGUAUGGUAGUACUGCGUCUACAGCUGAUUUUAAGGAUUUUAUAAAAUUUAUAACCUUUUAAAUUUAACAUUUUAAUGUUAACCAGAAUUUUUACGUUGACUGUUUGAGCUUGAUUAUUUGUGUUUUUUUGUCUUAAAAGCGCUAAAAUAUUUGCAUUACAAUUAUUAGGGGAGUGCAUUUAGAUUUUCACUUCGGAAAAAAUCAAACAAGAUAAACCUUUUUGUAGUUUCAUUAAGAAAUAUUUAUUAAACAACAUAUCAAAAAGUUCUACUCGAGACGUGGGUGCUUCAUUUUUUAUUAAACAAAUGAACAGCGAAGUUAGAUGUUUUUUAAAUAACUCCUAAAAUAUAAUUUUUAGAAAAAAACUGACUUGACCAUUGAAAAAUUCAGAAAAUUUUACAAAAAAAAAACCUUAUAUAAAGAUUUUUCUUAAGUUAAAUCUCUAGCUUCUGUAAUUUUUUAUUUAUAACGCUAAAGUCACCCUUCUCAAACACAUUGGAGCACUGUAAACUAGCGUUGGAAGAAGUUUUUUUAAUGUAAUUCGUUAACUAAUGGAUCAAAAGAAAUUUUACAAAUUGGACAUGAAAGAAAAUGAAAUAAGCUAUCUUAUGGUUGUAAUAAAAAGAAAUAAAAUGUAUGGACAUAAGUACCGUGUGGGCGGAAAAUGAGACUUACAUGAAUUUUGUUUAAAUUUUUUUUAAAAAUGUGUAACUAAUACAAUUUUACUUAUAAAGCUCUCAAAUUUGCACAACUCACCUCUCAAUUAUCUUACUAAACGAUGUUUCAUUCAAAAAAAAUCUCAAAAAUUUAAUUCAAAUAAUACGCUGUCUCAAAAAAUGUAAAUUUUGAAAACUUCGUAGUUCUACAGAAUUCCCACCACUUUAAGACGGUAUUACUCAAGUUUGAAUAAAUCUAAUACAAUUUUUUUGAUAUUUUUUUAAAGCCUAGGAUGUAGUCUUUAAAAAACACUGAAUUAUUUUAGUUUAAAAAUGAAAUAGACAAUUUCUUUUUGAGAAAACUAAGAAAGAUAACAAAAAUGUAAUAAAAAAACCGAAAAUUACCAGCUGAAAAAAUGUAUAUACAGAGUGAUCAAAACUUUUUUCUGUAAAACUUACCUAAAAUUAAUUUAAUAAUAAUCUUCAAAAAUAAUAAAUGUUCAACAAAAAAAUUUUUUUUAGCUCUUAUACAGUAUGCCUGCGUAACUUGGAACCUAUUGAUAACUUUUUUAAUAUCAGUUUUACGAAAAAAAGUUAUUCUUUAUAAAAUACUCUGCAUCGUACAUAACAUAAGAUGCAACCAUCAAAUAUCAAAUUUUGUUAAUUUUGUACGAGGUAUGUCAAAAAAUAUGAAUUUCACUCAAGAGUAAAGUACCUUUAUAUUUCACAAUAUCGAAUAUUUUUAUAAAGAAAAGUUGUUUGGAAUUAAAAACUAUGUUCUAAUAUGUAAUUAUAUCCUUCUAAUCGAAAAUUUGGUUUUUUAAUAUUGUUUCAAAUUAAUUAUACCAAACAUCAUCAAAUUUUCACUUAUUAUUUAUGAUAACUGAUUUAUUAUUAAUUUUAUGAAGAAAGUUAUGCAUGAUAAAUUGCUGUACAUGGUCUAACACUUAAUAUGCAAAUAUAAAAUAUUAUAUUUUAUCAAUAUUAUACGAGGUAUUAUGUAAAAAAAUUGCAUAAAAGUGUAAUUGCAUAUUGACACAUCGUUUUUAAUUCUGAACAACUUUCCAUAAUAACAAUUUUCAGUAUUAUUAAAAAUAUAGGUAUUUUACUCCUAACUGAAAUUUUUAUUUAUUGACAUAUCUUGUAAAAAAUUGAUAAAAAUUGUUAUUUUAUGAUUUCAUUUAAAGUUUUAGAAUAUGCAGAGCUUUUUACUGAGAAUAACUUCUUAUUUAUGAUCCCAUUGCAACAAUUUUUUGAAUAUUGAAGAGAUAGAUUUUGAAUAAUUUGUUCUUUCUUUCUAAUACAUUUUAAUUUUUAAUAUUAUUGUGAAAAUUAUUUGUUUAUCUUUUUUUUUAAUAAUGAAAUUCCAUAUUUCUCUGAUUAGAUUCUACUUGUUUUUCAUUUAAAUAUCCGCCAUUUUGAAAUUUAAAUUUUUAAUCUUUAAUUCAGAUUCAACAACCUGUUAAAAAUAAAGACAAUAAAUGUUUUAGAAAAAUGUUCUUUUUUAUGUUCUUUUAGAAAAUCCGCAUUUUGGAUCCGCCAUUUUAUAGUUUAUAAUGUUAACAUUUAAGUUAGGUUUAUCAAAGCUCUCAAAAAUAAAUAUAUGUAGAAAUAAAUACAUUUUGUAAAGAAAUUAUGAUUUUACAACUAUUUUUUAAGUUAUCCGCCAUUUUGGAUCGGCCAUUUUAUGAUUUAAAUUAUCAAAAUUUGAUUCAGGUUCAGCAACCUCUCAAAAAUAUCCACAUAUAUGUAAACAAACAGGUUUUAUAAAAAAAAUUCGGAUUUUACAACUGCUUUUUAAGGAAUUUUAGGAAAAAAUCCGUCAUUUUGAAUCCGCCAUUUUGAAUUUGCAAAUUGUAAUGUCAGAUUCGGGUUCAGCAUAAUCAAAACUAAAAUAAAAACAUUUUUUAUCAAAAUAAAAUGUUGAAUUCACCCAUAUUCUUAACAUUAUUUAUACAAAACAAUUGUUAUUGUUUAAACAAUUAAUAAACAAUUAGCGGCGAAAUUUGUGAGUAGAACUUUUUACUUUAACAUAUUUAUAAACUAACAAAAAAAGUUUCAGAAAAAUAUAACCUUGUUUGAUUUUUUCCGAAACAUUGUAUCUUCUCGUUCUAAUUGCACUCCCCUAUAUCUUCAGUUUGGUCCAAAUUAGGAACUAUUGUAUUUUCCUCUAUUAAAAAAUUAUGCAACACAAUGAAAGCCAAAGUUAUAGUUUGAACUUUACUAGGAGCUAAAUAUAUUAUGGUUAUUAGUAGAACAAUAGUCCAUAUAUUAAGUAUCAAUAAAAGAUUUAUAAAUAAUACCUACAAUACAAAAACACAAAUAAAUUCAUCAAGACAUAAAUCAUAUGAUCCCAUUUUCAGCCGCCAUUAAGACAUUUAGAUGUUUUACCAGCAGGUUUUACGUUUUUGCUAUUUGCGCAGAAAUUGGCGCAGUUCUUGUACAAGAAUCUGUGUCUGACACAAAUUCUUGUACCGUUUCUUGUAUCUGUGUAUGACACUAUGCAUUUUUUGACAUAUCAGAAACGAUAUUAGAAAUGAUACAAGAAAAUGCAUAGUGUCAUACGGCCUUUAGGACAAAAACUAAUACUAAAUAGGGAAAUUCAAACAGAAGAAAUAAAAAGAUGAAGAAAGUUAGCAUGGGCAGCAUUCGGCAACCUGAACUAUAUACUCCGAAAUCAGCAAAUUCAACUACAUCUUAGAUCUAAAGUUUUUGAUGCAUACAUUAUUCCGAUAUUAACAUAUGGAGCACAAACAUGGACAAUCACAAAAAAGAAUAUGAACAUACUCAGAGUCACUCAACACGUGAAGGGAAGGAAAGAGCAAUGCUAGGCAUAUCACUUAAGGACAGGAAAACAAACACAUGGAUAAAACAGAAAACCAAAGUCACCGAUGUGGUACAAAAAUCAUUAAAAUUGAAAUGGGAAUACGCUGAACAUGUAGCUAAAAGCGAUCUAAACAAAUGGCACAGAACACUUCUAACCUGGAGACCAUACUAACACAAAAGACCCAGAGGCAGACCUCCUAUGAGAUGGACAGAUGAUCUGAAACGGACUGCCGGGAAAAAUUGGCUACAAGUGGCUUACAGCAAAAAAACAAUGGAAAGGAAGACUUGAAGAGGCUUAUGUUCAGAUGUGGACGUGAAUGGCUAGACGAAGAAUAAGAGUGACUGCAUGUGCAUCCAACAAAAUCGUUACAAUUUGACCAUAGAGAACCUGGCCUGGCUGCUGCAUUACUGCAGAAUUGAUAUCAUUGACGAUUUUGUCGAACGACACCGCAGUACCGUGAGUAGUCGGCUUUAGGUGAAGCGUUAUUGCCAAGAAUGGGGAGACAUUUAGGGUACCUAUUGAGAACUAAAUGUGUAUUAUGGAUACGUCUACCAUUGAGUCAUUUGUACAUUGAGUUGCCUGUCACCUCUUUUAACAUAAUGACCUAAUUAAUUAACCCACUGACCACGUGUGGGAGUCAUAUGUUGCCCUAAAGCCACAUCCAUAGAAAUUUUAUCCAUGCUUUGGAUUUUACGAUGUUUACAUUUAUAUAAGACUUUUAGUCUAUUUUUAAAAGGUUUUAACCUUUGUAUUUUUGGGUGGCUCACCAUGUUCUUGUAACACUGAUGAUGCUCUUGUUACAGAGCGAAAACGUUUUGUUUCUGUUUGUAGUCCUAUAGGGGCUUUUUAAACUAAUAUACCUUUUACCAGGACAAACAUUUUUUAUUAAAUUUUAUUUGUCCAUUGUUUAUAAUUCUUAGCAAUGGUCGAAUUGUAUUGUCCUUUAUUGAGGGUGUUUUUAUAAUUGACAGGUACUAAGGGUUGUUUUUAAAGCAGGAGGAGUAAACUAAAAGAUAGAUUCACACCCAAGAAAGUCACUAGAAAAGUCACCAAAUACAUCUUCUUUUUUGGUUGAUCAUAUCGGCCUUCGACGGUAAUCCAUAAAUAUUAUAUUAUACUCAUACGUCGCUAAGGAGUUCUAAAAGCAAAUGUUUUUUAUAUAAACGCAGGCUAAAAAUCCAAAAAUGCAAGGAAUAAAGCAGAAAACACAAAAAAUCGCUGAUAUAGCUUAAUUAACCUAUGAAAUGCCAAGUGUCAAAACUUCAUAACAGUGGAGUAAACUUGCCUGCGGUUGGACCAAUUACAAAUAAGCAUUACGACGUGGUAAAUUUGAAUUACUCCUCCUGGUUUAAACAGACCAUAGAAAAUUCCGAUGAUGGGUGCCCGCGGUCGUUUAAGAAAAUGGUGGGUAUAAAGAGCUUUAAAAGAAAGGGGAUUUCCAUUUCUAAUGACCGGGAACACAGAAUCGGUCCUUAUACGCAGAUGGUCACUUUAUAGAGGUGGUCGCUAACAGGAGUUCUACUGUAGUAUUAUAAUUAUAUGUAGGCUAUUUGAUGAUACAUUUUAAUUUAUUUCUUUUGUGUGCAUAUUAAUUAAUAGUUUAUUUUAACUACCUAUAACCCUUAACUACUGACGUGGAUCUUUUAGGACGUAGACUCUGACAUGCGGUAUGUCAUACCGUUGCCUAUUCUACUUUGUUUUCAAUAUGAAUUUGUCAUAUCACUGUAUUUGUUUUUACGUCAACUACGGAAUAAUUCUUCACACUGCUGUAGAAUAAAAUACUGCUUCAAAUACUUCAAAUAAACUUUAUUUUUUUCAAGAAAAUUAUGAAUACAUGCAUAAUAAAAAAUGGUCAAGGUUCUUACAAAAUCCUUUAUAAACUGAAUUAAAAACUUGAGUAUUGUUAACUGAAAAAUAGUAAAAUAAUGUUGAAAGCAAUUGAAAGUAAAACAACUGGAUGAGCUUGCUGCCAUACUAAUAACGAAAGAAUACACUGUGAACGUAAACAGUGACGUGCGGUAUGUGAUACCACAAGAAAACUUUACGUCAACGUAGUUCAAAGACUAAACCAUACUAAGACUGCAGCAGUUGAGAACAGGUACAGUAUACACGAAAAAGCACGGUCUAAUUUUAUGAAAAUGAAAAAGGUCCUAUGUGGCAAAGAUUAAGCUCUUAAAGUACGCCUAACAAAAUGUUACGUAUACAGUGUACUAUACUAGGGAGUGGAAUCAUGGACGUUAAAUGUAGAGACAAUGAGACGACUUAACGCCUUUGAAAUGUGGACCUAUAGAAGAAUAAUGAGGGUUUACUGGGUAGAUAGACUUACGAACAACGAAGUUCUUCUUAAGGUGCCUAUCCGUUCCGGAUGUUGGCGAUCAGCAUGGCUAUCCUAACUUUGCUUGCUACUAUUCUGAACAGUGCGGUUGUCGAUGUAUUAAACCACUUUCUCAGGUUUUGAAGCCAAGAUAUUCUUCUUUUCCCUGGUCCUCUCUUUCCAAAUACCUUGCCUUCUUGAAGAAUGAGUUGCAACAAGCCAUAUCUCUGUUCAUUCCUCAUAAGAUGGCCAAGAUAUUCUAGUUUGCGCUCUUUGAUUGUGUUAAUAAUCUCGCAUUCCUUGCCUAUUCUACGUAGAACCUCAACAUUAGUCACACGAUCCACCCACGAAAUUCUCAAAAUGCGCCUGUAACACCACAUCUCGAAUGCCUCGAGUUUUCUCAAAGAAGCCUCGGAAAGUGUCCAGGCCUCUACUCAGUAUAAUAACGUAGAAAAUACAUAGCAUCUGAUGAUAGAGAUUUUGGUAGCAAGAGGUAAAUCGUGGCUUCUGAAAAGAGACUUCAUCAUUAUGAACGCUGAUCUCGCUUUUCCUAUGAGUUGUUUUAUGUAAGUGGUCCCACUGACUAUUUAUGUUGGUACCAAGGUAUGUGUAGCUGUCGACCUGUCAAUUAGUUGUUGGUUAACCAAAAGCUGUCUGUGUAUUUAAUAUUUCGCGCUUACUGACUACCAUGUACUUUGUUUUUUUCGUAUUGAGAUCAAGUCCGUAUUCUCUACUUACAUCUGAUACGCGUGUCAUUAUUCUUUGCAAACCAUCUAGACUGUCUGCAAAAACUAUAGCGUCGUCAGCAUAUCUAAUGUUGUUCAGACGCACUCCGUUGACUAAUACACCUUCCUGUAGUUCUCCCAGCGCUUGCUCGAAGAUACAUUCAGAGUAUAUAUUAAACAGCACCGGGGACAGGAUGCAUCCUUGCCUCACUCCUCUAUCUAUGGAGACUGCCUCUGUCAAUUGAUCAUCCACUUUAAUAUUGGCAGAAUAUAAAUUAUAUAUGAUUCUCAAGUCUCUAUCAUCUACUCCCACUUCUUUCAAGAUGUUUAUGAGUUUAUCAUGUUUUACUCUAUCAAACGCCUUUUUGUAGUCGAUAAAACAAAUAUACACGUCACAGUCAACAUCCCUGCAUCUUGCAUAAGCACUUGGACAGCGAAUAGAGCCUCUCGGGUGCCUAAGGCAUCGCGGAAUCCAAACUGCGUCCAUGAUAUCUGUUCUUCGCAUUUUUUAUAUAUUCUGCCGUGUAUCACUUUUAGAAACGUUUUGAGUAAGUGGCUCAUUAGGCUAAUUGUUCUGUAGUCUUUACAUGUUUUGGUAUUUACUUUUUUGGGUAAAGUUUCGAAGGUCGACUUUAACCAGCUUUGGGGUAUUUUUCCAGUUACGUAUAUUUUGUUGAAUACAGUUGUUAUCCAUUUUAUUCCUUGUUCAUCCAUAAGUUUUAGGAAUUCUACAUAAAACUGGUCAGGCCCUACAGCUUUACCAUCUUUAGUUGUUUUAAUAGCUGACGUGACUUCUUCAAUGGUAAUCGGGGGUCCUGUUUGGCAUUCAGUGUCUUCAAUGGUAUUCUACCUUUCAUCUGCAAAAGUUACUUCCACAUACUUCUUCCACGUGUCUAGUUUUUCUUCCACACUUAACAGUGGUUUGCCUUGGUUAUCUGCCAAACACCCAACUCUUCUAUGAUUGUACUGAGAAGAACAACGAAGUACUGAGAAGAAUAGGUAAAGAGAAGGGAGUUGAACUUACAAUUAAAGAAAGAAAACUACAGCAUCUCGGACAUGUAAUGCGGGGCGAGAAGUAUGGCAUUCUGCGACUCAUAAUGCAAGGAAAGAUAGAUGGCAGAAGAAGCAUCGGAAGAAGACGAAUUUCAUGGCUGAAGAACCUGAGAGAAUGGUUUGGAUGCAGCUCAAAACAACUAUUUAUAGCUACUGCCUCAAAAAUUAAAAUAGCUAUGAUGAUUGCCAACCUCCGUAGCGGAGAUGGCACCUGAAGAAGACAAUAUACACCACUUGAAGGUAGAAAGAUGGUAUUCUAUGAAUCUUUUAUAAAACACGUUUUACAACAAAUUUCGGCGCGGUAUGGCAUACCGCAUGUUAGUGGUUAAGGGACAGACAAACUCAGCCUUAAAAAGGAUAUUUGUGUUUACACAAUUAUAUACCUAAGUAUUUUAAGAGCCUUUGUACUUAAAAAAGAUUAUUUAAAUAUAUGACAAGACAUUAAGUUUAAUUUUGUGUUAAUAUAGGUACAGUACAACUUCGUAUGUAAGUCAUUUUUAUUUAAAACUGUAUUUGCUUUAAGUCAAAUAAAUGUAACAAAAAGUACCUUCCUUUAAUGUUUAGAAAUACGUGCAUGUAUUAAUUAGUGUAUAUGCUUAGGUAUUUUCAAUCUUACCUUCCUCAUACUUUCUUUUAUAUCAAUUAUAUUUAAUCAAAAAUAAUAGAUACGAAUACCUAGUCAUAGCUGUGUUUUAUUAAAUACUUUUAAAAUGUUAGUUUAUUACAGUAUUAUUUUGAAGGCAAAUAGAAUAUGUGUGUAACCACUCCAUAGUCUGCAAUUUGGUUUCGCAUCUCCCAGUAACAAUUCGAUUAAUUAGUGAGUCACAUACGGUUCGGUCAUUUUUGAAUUUAAUGUACCAUUGACGCACUCCACAUUCAGUGAUCACAUUGAUCCCAUAAACACCACAAAUUUCGCGAUAAUGCGACACGGACUUCCGUGACAGUGACUUCCCGCAAGCAUGGCUGGACAGCUACUGAACGGAGGAACGCCACGAUGCUAUGAUGGCCGCGCUAGCCCCACCCCCAGCAGCUACAGAUCAAAACGUUAUCUAAAUUUCUGGAUAGCCUUCAAAGAUCCGCCUUUAUCUCAGUAUGUUCGCCUACAGCGUAUUCAAUGAGUAGGCCGUAUAUUUAGGAUAGAAGAAAAUGGGCUUCCAAAAAAGCUGUUGAAUGCAAGAAUGCAGGGCAAGAAACUUUGGGAGACCGAUAAAGAAAUGGGAGAAUAGCUACAGACUGUAACGAAUGGAGUACAGGGCUCGAAUUGGGCCGUAGAGCCAUAGGAUGAAUGGAAAAAAACUACAGACAUCCAUUAAAUGAGUAACAAAUAAACGGACCACUAAAUGAUGAAUAAAGCUAAACUAAUAGUGACAUAACUAGUCUUUAGGACAUAUAAAUAAUUAUAAAUAAAUCAGACUUCCGAUCUCAAAAUUAACACGACAAGUAAAUGCCUUAUUUUGAAAUUUAUUUAUUCUCAAAAGCUAUAAUAAACUAAAGCUGAUAUAAACUAUUUGAAUUAAAUUCAAAUAAAGACGUUAUCUCAUAAUUGUGGUUAUACAGUGCUAGUCAAAAGUCCGUACCCCACCUCGUAUCUUUUGAACGGUUACACCUAUAAUAGUGACAUUUGGAGGGAGGAAAUAAACGGACGUAAGUUUCUUAACUAGUCAUGACACGUUAUUUAAUUAUGACAGAUGACUUUACAGCGCCACUGUGACAGAUAAUUUUAAAGGGACCUUAUGGCAAGUGAUACCUCCUUUGAAAGGUAUUGAAAAUACCUAUUCAGUCAUACUAAUUUUGUUUGAGUUUAAGCUAAUUUUGAUAAAUAAAUGAAAUAGGUAAAUAUAAAAUUGUAGUUUCGCAUUUAAUUAAUAAAAAUUCAAAAUUCCGCAUAUGAUUACUUGUCAAAAAGGUUGACGUUGAAGUAAAAACUACUAGAGAAUUGAAAAACGUCAACUUUUUUGACAAAAAAAACCAUAGGAGGACAUUUGAAUUUUUAUUAAUUAAAUGCGAAACUAGAAUAUUAUAUUUAAUUUAUUCACCAAAAUCAAAGUCAACUAAAACCCAAAAAAUUAGUAUGACUGAAUAGGUAUUUUGAGUACCUUACAAACGAGGUAUCACUUGCCAUAAGGUCCCAUUUAAAAUUAUCGGUCACAGUGGCUCUGUAACGUCAUUUGUCACUAUUAUGUCACCUGUCAUGACUAGUUAACAGGCUUACGUCCGUUUAUUUUCUCCCUCCAAAUUUCACUAUUAUAGAUAAAACCAUUCAAAAGAUACGGGGGGGGGUACGGACUUUUGACUAGCACUGUACAAUAAAUAAUAUGUCAAGAUUUGGUGAUAGCAAAAGAAGUUUGUGACACAGAAAAAUUUAAGUACUAUGUGUGUAUAUAUUACUUUCAUUAUACAACUUCCGCACAAAAAAUUGUAGCAUUUUAGUAGGAUUAGUUCACCUUAAAUAAUUAAUCUAGAGCACAGAAAUAUUUUCGUAUUUUCGACGUUGUAAAUUAGAAUACUGUCUAAGUCUUAAAGUUAAAUAAUGGAAUAAAGAAAAAUAUGUAUAUUUUAAUAAUUUGCGUCUAUAGGUUAAGUCAUGUAAAUCUUAUUUGUGUACUGAUUUUAAGAACAAAAUAAAGUUGUAAACUUUUCUAAAUUAA